AAAAGCGCGCCCGCUGGCGGAGUUCAGACUCUCGGAGCGGGGCUACCGGGGCCUCUCCUCCUGUUCCCGGCGGAUCGGCGGCCUCGGGCCUCGGGCCUCCCCGGGCGGGGGUCGAUGGCGGGCGGCGUCAGCAGCCCCGGGCCCGGCUCCAGCCCCGGCCCCGGCUUCGGCUCCGGUCUGUGGUACCACCGGGACCUGAGCCGAGCGGCGGCCGAGGAGUUGCUGGCCCGGGCGGGCAGAGACGGCAGCUUCUUGGUGCGGGACAGCGAGAGUGUGAGCGGGGCCUACGCGCUGUGUGUGCUGUAUCAGAAGCACGUGCAUACUUACAGGAUCUUGCCGGAUGAAGAUGAUUUUCUGGCAGUACAGACCUCCCAGGGUGUUCAGGUGAGGAGAUUCAAAACCCUGAACGAGCUCAUCACGUCAUACCUGCAGCCAAACCAGGGCCUGGUCAGCACCCUGCUCUACCCCGUGGAGAGGGAAGACAAGAAGGAGACAGCAGAGGACAAAGACUACUCGGAUUGUGAAGAUGAGAGGCCACCAUUACCCCCUCGCUCUGCCUCCACCAGCUUCCCAAGCAGUCCUGGUACCUGCCUCUCCCCCGUGGCUCAGGAUGGGACAGGAGAGAGCGCGGCCAAUGGGAUGACCACCAUGUCCCAUGAGUACCUGAAGGCGAGCUACGUGUUGGAUCUGGAGGCAGUCAAGGCAGGUGCCACCACCCUCCCUCACCUCAACAAAGCAUUAGUGACAUCCUGCAAGAGGCUCAACAGUGAAGUUGAUAAGGUCCUGGCUGGCCUGGAAAUACUCUCGAAGAUAUUCGACCAACAGAGCUCACCACUGCUAACCCGACUGAUACAGCAGGCCAGUAGUCAGGGUGGAGAUCAGCAACUGGAAAACCUGGUCAUGAAACUCUCAGUCCUGAAGGACCUGCUGUCUUCCAUGGAGAGGAAGGCUCUGAAGGCGCUGCAGGAUAUGAGUUCCUGUCCCAGCUUCACGUCGCAGUCAUCCGUGUUCUCUCAUACAGCACCUCGCAAGGCAAAGAGCAUUCCCGUGCAGGCCUUUGAGGUGAAGCUGGACGUGAACCUGACAGAUUUAACGAAGAUUGGUAAAUCACAGAAGUACUCGCUCAGUGUAGAUGUGGAAGGGGGUAAACUGGUGGUAAUGAAGAAAUCCAAGGACACUCAGGAGGACUGGAACACAUUUACUCAUGAUAAAAUUCGGCAGCUGAUAAAGUCACAACGUGUCCACAACAAGUUGGGAAUUGUGUUUGAAAAGGAAAAGGAUAAAACGCAGAGGAAGGACUUCAUUUUUGAAACCACGAGGAAACGUGAGGCGUUCUGCCAACUCCUGCAGCUAAUGAAGAACAAAUAUUCAAAGCAGGAUGAACCGGACAUGAUCUCCAUCUUCAUUGGCACCUGGAAUAUGGGAAGUGCCCCCCCUCCGAAAGUCAUGGCGUCCUGGCUGGUUUCCAAAGGCCUUGGGAAGACUCUGGACGAGAUGGCGGUCACCAUUCCACACGACAUCUAUGUCAUUGGGACCCAGGAGAACUCUGUGGCAGACAAGGAGUGGGUUGACUUUGUCCGAGGCAGUCUGAAGGAGUGCACCGACCUGGACUUCAAGCCGAUUGCAAUGCAGACGCUGUGGAACAUUAAAAUCGCCGUCCUGGUGAAGCCGGAGCACGAGAACAGGAUCAGCCACGUCAGCACGUCCAGCGUGAAGACCGGAAUAGCCAACACUCUGGGUAACAAAGGUGCAGUUGGCGUUUCCUUCAUGUUCAAUGGCACAUCGUUUGGAUUUGUGAACUGCCAUUUAACAUCUGGUAAUGAGAAGACUGCAAGGCGAAACCAAAACUACUUGGACAUCCUGAGGUUACUUUCCCUGGGCGAUAAGCAACUCAGCUCUUUCGACAUCUCCUUACGGUUCACCCAUCUCUUCUGGUUUGGAGACCUCAAUUACCGGUUGGACAUGGAGCUGCAGGACAUCCUGAAUUAUAUCAAUAGGAAAGAGUUGGAACCUCUGCAGAAAGUUGACCAGCUCAACCUGGAGAGAGAGAAAAAUAAAAUAUUCCUUCGAUUUUUGGAAGAGGAGAUCACCUUCCCUCCAACGUAUCGGUAUGAGAGAGGUUCCCGGGAUGUGUAUGUCUGCCACAAGCAGAAACCUACUGGGGUGCGCACAAAUGUCCCAUCAUGGUGUGACAGGAUCUUGUGGAAAUCAUACCCUGAGACUCACAUCAUUUGUAACUCGUAUGGGUGCACGGACGAUAUUGUGACGAGUGACCAUUCGCCAGUCUUCGGUACCUUCGAAGUUGGUGUAACGUCUCAGUUUGUAUCUAAAAAAGGUCUGUCCAAGUCAUCUGACCAAGCCUACAUCGACUUUGAGAACAUUGAAGCCAUCGUCAAAACCGCCAGCAGGACCAAGUUCUUCAUCGAGUUCUAUUCCACCUGCCUGGAGGAAUUCAAGAAAAGUUCAGAAAACGAUACGCAAAAUAGCGACAACAUGAACUUCCUGAAAGUUGGCUGGUCAUCGAGGCAGCUCCCAACGCUGAAGCCAAUUCUCUCAGAUAUCGAAUAUCUCCAGGACCAGCAUCUCCUCCUGACUGUCAAGUCAGUGGACGGUUACGAAUCCUAUGGAGAGUGCUGUGUCGCGCUGAAGUCGAUGAUUGGCAGCACUGCUCAAGUCUUUCUCACCUCGCUGUCGCACCGCGGGGAGGAAACCGGGAACAUCCGAGGCUCCAUGAAGGUCCGCGUGCCAGCGGAGAGAGCCGGCACCAGAGAGCGGCUUUACGAAUGGAUUCGAGUCGACAAGGAUGAGACUGGAGCAUCCAAGGGAAAACCAGGGAGCCGAUCGAACCCGGAUGUGAAGGGGAAUUUGAAGAAGCCGGUAUCUCCUGAGACGUCCGGGCCACAGCUUGGGAAACAGAGCGAAGAGCCAGAGAAACCGUGCCCCCUGCCGGCUGGGCGUUCACCUGCACUGCUCCCUGCAGUAGCUGCGGAAGACAGGACCAAACAGGGGGAGGCGCACUCUGACGCAGACGCACUGUGCUCCAAGAACAGCUUCAACAAUCCUGCCUACUAUAUGCUGGAGGGAGUGCCUCUAUCCCCCGACCACCAGGUCUCGGGCGCCGUGAAAGCUCCUCAGAAAACCAAAGGCCACACCACUCUGGGCCUACACGACAAGAAACGGCAACCGUCAGCCCGCCCUCCCCUGGCCAGCGAAGAGGCCUCGCUCUCGGACGACGAGGGCCUGACCCUCAACCGGCCGCCACCCGACUACCCCCCUCCGCCCCUGCCCAAGUCAGCUGAGAUGGACGUGAUUGAUAAUCCUUUCUACGCCACCUCAAAGGAGGUCCAAAGACAGAGGUCCAAGGAUGAGCCCAGCCUGAGGAACCCCAGCGGCAAGCACCGGUACCCCACAGACCCCUUGGAUACCAAAGCCCCCUUCCCACCCAAACCUCACCCCAAGAGCCAACUGUCCCCCGGCACGGGGCAGCUGCUGCCUCCCUACAUGACCAACCACUGCGGCCCGGCCUACCAGGGGGCUGUCGAUGAUCACUCCUAUUCCGCCCUGCAGAUGGCCAAGAGCCUCAGCGAGGUGGACUACCCGGGGGUCAAGGCGGAGCCCCCCAUGAGGAACCCCCCACUGCCAGUGAAAGGUCAACCCCACCGACCGUUCCUCCCUGACUACAGCCGCCCUGCUGCCUUCCCCCCUCGCUCCAUCAAGGAGAGCAUCGAAGAAGAUAUGGCAGAGGAGGCCUCGUGCCAAGCAAGCAGCACCAGCUCCAGCCUGUCUCACGACUCCAGUGUGGGGAACUGGUUACGCCGUCUGGGCUUGGAGAGGUAUGAGGAUGGUCUGGUCCGCAACGGCUGGGACGAUCUGGAAUUCCUGAGUGACAUCACAAAGGAGGACCUGGAAGAAGCUGGCGUGACAGACAUCAACCACAAGAAUAUUUUGCUGGAGAGCCUGCAGCAGAUGGGAAAGUAAUGAGCUGCAGGGCUUUGCUUUCUUUAUAUAUUAAAAAAAAAGUGCCUUAUGGGAGUUUUUUUUCCAACAGCUUCUAAAACUUCUGGAGAAGCAACGAAAAGGAUAAUCAUUAAAUACAACUGACUGUCCAAGAGAGGAGGGACGUUAUUGCCCCAAGCACUGAUUCUAAGACUAACCAUACUGCAGACUACAGAAGCUGCCACCUCUAGCUGGCUCUGUUCCUCAAUCCUUCCUACCCACAGCAGGCUGUGUGAUCACUCACUGCAGGGUUUGCUUGGGAGAGGGGUGAUGGGGAGGCGUGGUAGGGGGGGUUCUGUCUGUGAGGUGAUUUCCUCCCCCCACCCCCAAAACCAGGUACCCAGAGUGGAGUUCAGCACUGGGAAGUCGCCGGUGUGUUUGAUUUCAGCGGCAAGACACUACCCCUCCCCUCGUAGCAAUGCCCCUUGGACUGCUGCCCACAAUAAGUCCUGGGAAUCGCUCGCUCCUCAGGUUGAAGGAUUCGUCCUGCUCUACCUGUGACAAAGCCGUCCAAUCACUGUUACUGUGGUGGUUGUCAUGCCCGACAAUGACGUGAAGCCCAUUUGGGAGAGUACUUAAAGUAGAAAAGCUGUGACACUGGGACUGUUCCACUCUCUCGACCUCAGAAGUCUGGGUCCAGUCGACACAAGCUGGGGUCUUCCUCGGUUACAGUGGGUGACCAUGAUUACUUCUGUGCCUUGUAAAGCCCUUGCUCUCCACCGAGCGUUGCAGAACUGCCUUCCGGAGCAUUGGGUCUCACUGUGGAUCACAUCCGUCCAGUCCACCAGAGCUGACUUCACGUGCUCAGACAGGCAGGUCCCUGUCUCACUGGUCUGAGACCCAUGGGCUGCUCUCACCCAGCUUAGCCUGCCUGUCGGAGCAGUGUGCCGGGGUGUGGCCAUUAUCGCAUGCAAACAUCUACAGGAACCACACAUGAGAGAUGAGUGUCCGGCGGGCCUGAAGGCAAGUGAGCUGUCCCAGAAUGGGCACAAUAUGCCCCUGCACCAGAGGUGCCACCCCGUGCUGGAUGCCCCAUACACAGUCACUGUAUGUGUGCGUUUAGUCCCUGCUGAAACAGAGUAACACGGACAGAUAAGAAUUGGGAAUGCUGUUUUUGAUGUUUGGGACCAAGCUGUUUUGUCUGCAUAAUCCUGUUUUCAGAUCUAGAUUCAUGUCUUUGUCACACGUACAUCGAAACGUACAGUGAAAUUACGUCAUUUGCGUCAGCAACCAACAUAGCCAAGGAUGUGCCACAUAUUCUGGCGCCAGUGUAGCGUGCCCACACUGUUCAGCAGAACACAAGUAGCAACAACAACAAGACAAAUAACAGCAAAACAAGCCACUUCACCACCUUCCCACCCACCCAGACAGGCCCCCCGACUCCAGGACAGGCCGCCUCUGCCCCUCCAACUUCCCGGUGCGUAGACAUCAGACCUUUGACCUCAGGUCCUUGGCCCAGAUCUACAGACUCACGGACAUCAGGCCUCUGACUUCCGGGUAUGCCGGCUUUGGCCUUCGACCUUCAGUAUCGACCCCAGGAUUCGCAUGGAUUUCUGGCCCCAGAGUUUGCUGAUCUGGGGGAGUCACCGGCUCUCAUGUCCUCUGCCUGCACUGUGCUUUCUAUCCUGCUUGUAUCGACAGGGAAUUGCUGUUCCAGAGUUGUCUGGAGGUGGGAAAGGGAGGAUUCGGGAGACGUCAAGAGGGUCCCGCCAGGUGCUGUAAGCUGAUGGGUAGGUGUUCACCUCAGGGUUAGCACUGUGGAGAGCGAUUACUGCAGUUGUUCCCCCCUUCACAGUAGUUCCUGCGUAGGCAUCAUGUUAGUCCGCCCGGUCCCACACUAGAUCAGUUUUACUUGUCGCCUGUAUAUCGCUGUUUGCACCAAGAACCAACACAGUCUGAGGACAUGCUUGGCACAGCCUGCAAAUGUCACCAUGCUUCCUGCGCCAACGUAGCGUGCCCACUAACCCGUACGCCUUUGGAAUGUGAGAGGAAAUCGGAGCACCCGGAGGAGAGCCACGCAGUCAUGGGGAGAACGUACAAACACUUGGCGUGCAGAAGUUGAACCCGGGUCGCUGGCACUGUAAAGUGUUACGCUGGACGUGCUACCCUCACUGAUUGACAGCAAGUUCGUGCUUUAUAUUCAACUGGAGGCUGCUGUUGCAGAGUUGGCUGGUGGUGGGGAAGGUGAGAAGGCCCCGCUCUGGGCCACAAGCUGAUGGAUGGGUAUUGGCCUGUUGAGUUGGGUUGUGGAGAGAGAUUACUGGAGUUGUCUCCUCCUUCACAGUAAUUGCCAGGCAUGCAUCUCAGUCCUGCAGCACUGCUGCAGCUCACAGGAUGGACAGAAACGGGCUGGGACUGCCUGCCGGCCAGGUGUUUGGAGCGUCCCUGCGGUCAGGUCAGUGUGGACUGUAAUGUGACUUUGGUGCAGUUCCUGUCCACUUUGCAGUCAGACGUUUGCUCAGGCUCUGUGGAGGGAACUUUGCAGCAUAUCUACCCUGAGGUUGGCACCAGAUAGGAGAGAGAGCUGCCGUACAUCCAUUUUCCAGAAGUGUUGAGAAUGUCUCGCUGAGGAACAGCAGGGCACUCUGCCAAGGUGAUUUCAUCUCGUAGGCCCUCCGUGGGUCAGGGUCGACCAUGGAUGUUGCAAACCAGGGCAGUGCAAUAUGGAGAGCCGGUGGUUGCCCAUGCAUCCAUGCAGCUGAAGAAUCGAAAGGAACAGCGGAGGACUCAGCAUAAGACUGCUUCAGGGACUGCAGCUCUGGACUUUGGCUCUGAAUUUGCUCCUGAAGCCUUGCCCAUGAGUGAAUAUAGCCUCAAGGCAGCGAAGGUUUGAGAUCAGAGUUUUCCUUCUCCUGGAGAAGGGCUCAUUUAGCACCUGGUGUUUUAUAACCUGUGCUCUUGGAAACAUAUUAUUGUUCAGGCUUAUGUAAAUAAAAGGACUUUGCAAUUUAAGAAUUUGGUCAGGAAAAUAAAGCCAUCUGCCUUACAAUACAACUGUCUUUAGAGCAGAUCUUCGCUUUGAGUAGCAUCACUUGUGAUGGCUCCUUCAUUAAAGACUUCAAACUGCUCCAGCUUCACACCUUCAGCCAGAAUCAGGUUUAUUAUCACAGACACGGAAUUUGUUGUUUCAUGACAAGAGUACAGUGCAAAGACAUAAAAAUCAAAACUUUACAAAAUUAUUGCAACUAAAUGGAAUGAUGAGCCAGUGUUCGUUGUCUGUUCAGAAAUCUGAUGGCCAAGAGGAAGGAGCUGUUCCUAAACCGUUGAGUGUGGCUGCUCGGGCUCCUGUGCCUGUUCCCUGAUGGUAGUGAGAAGAGGACAUGUUCUGAAUGGUAGGGGUCCUUUGCCAUGAAUGCUGCCCACUUGAGGUUCUGCUUCUUGAAGAUGCCCUUGAUGGUGGGGUGGGUAGAGCUGGGGGAGUCUACGACCAUCUGCAGCUUUUUCCAAUCCUCUGCAGUGGCCCCUCCGUACCAGACAGUGAUGCAGCUGGUCAGAAUGCUCUCCUGUUGUGGGGUCUUCUGAAAGUGCGCGAGUGCCAACAAGGAGUGGUCACCAAAGCAACUUGCAGAGAGCGGGCGAUUAGUGUUCCGAGAAUCGUAGGACAUAGAGCAGGAACAUGUUGUGCCAAAACAGUUAAAUUAGUAAUCAAAUGGCCAAUUAAUCUAAUCCCUUCUGUUCAUAUCCUUCCAUUUUCCUCACAUUCAUGUGCCUAUUUAAACAUCUCUGAAAAGACUCCAGUUUUCUCGAGCACAGAACAGCACAGCACAGGAACAGGGCUCCCUUUGGCAGAGGGGGCUGAGGUCCCAUCUCAAUGGAAGGGAGCUGUAUUUUCAUCAGGAAUGCCUUAACAGUGCUCUGAGUUGCCCUUCUGGUGUUGGAGACUCGCCUGCUUCGAUAUCACAGAGCACAGACUGGCAAUCAAAGGAGACUCUCUCUGCCUUUCCCAUCUCAAACGCAACUCCCUCCUACCCCGCCUGACUGUACCUCACCCAAAAUGGAGAGCUGUGGAGGGCUAUGGUCUAGGUGCGGGUGGAUGUGACUAGGCAGAGUCAUUGUUCGGCAGGGACUAGAUGGUCCAAAGGACUUGUUUUUGUUCUAUAGUGGUCAAUGACUGGAAACCAACUAAGAUUCUGCUGGGAGCCAGGGUGGUUGUUUGACCUGAGGGUGUUUCACUAACAUCCGUCCCUUGUGGAGGGGUCUCUGGCUGGCAUCAGGCGCAGUUACAACCCUUCCAGCCUCUUUUCCUAUUUUGGCUUCUGCCCCCUUCCUUUCCUGUCCUGAUGUGGGGUCUUGGCCCAAAACAUGACCAUUUAUUCCCCUCCAUAGAUGCUGCCUGACUGGCUGAGUUCCUCCAGCAUUUUGUGGUGUGUUUCAGUGUUCCCCUCAUUUUAAUGCAGGUUCUGAGUCUGCCCUGUGCCCAAUUGUUUGUGUCCUUGUUAUUCUGCGUUCUGCAUUCAAUUCUCUCCCAGAGUUUCGUGGUAUUAAACCUCUUGCCCAGUACGUUGAUCUGCUCCACUUUAAUGUGCUCCUCCACCUGACUGCUGCUUAUUGAGUCUGUUGUGUCCCCUCACCGGACUAGCUCAGUCACUGCGGGAAAACAAACAUUACCAUCGGUCUCAAGCUCAGCAAAUAUUCAAAUAGAAACCCCUUCCCAUUCCCCAGAUUCCCUUCCCGGGUAAGUUCACCAGGGGCAAUAAUCUGUUUGCAAAAUGGAGUAGAACAGAAACUUCCCAUUCUGCCUCUCCCCAGCCCUUCUCAGCUCAAUUCAAUCUCCAAAGCCAGUACAUCUUUUCUCAAGUAAUGAGACCCAAACUGCACGCAGUACUCCAGGUGCGGCCUCACCAGUACCCUGUACAGUUGCAGCAUUAGCUCCCUGCUCUUAAGUUCAAUUACUCUACCAAUGAAGGCCAACAUUCCGUUUGUUUUAUUGAUAAACUUGUUGCACCUGCAAAUCAACCUUUUCUGAUUCAUACACGAGCACUCCCAAGUCCCUCUGCACAGGGCACGCUGUAAUUUUUCACCAUUUAAUUAAUCAGAUCUUCAAUUUUUUCCUUCCAAAGUGGAUGACCUCACAUUUACUAACACUGUACUCAUUCUGCUAGAUCUCUGCCCACUCACUUAACCUAUCCAUAUCCCUCUGUAGACUCAACACAUCCGCUGCACAGGUUUCUUUUUCUCUCAGUUCAGUGUCAUCAGCAAACUUUUAAACACACUACAGCUGGUCCCCUCUUCCAGUUCUUGCACUCCCAGCUCUCAGUUGCUUAAGGAGAGAAUUCUGGGUUCCUGCAAUGCAUGGUGUGAUUGGAAACUGUAGCGGUGGAGGAGCUGUGAUGUGGACUAAAUGCUUUGCUAUUCCAUGUUGAGAGAACUGACAAUGGUGACAACUGUCCUUCAGCUUGAGUUCAGCCAACAUUGUUUUCUUAGUUUUAAGGACCCUCGGGAAGCUCUCCAUUAGUUGGGGUCAGCGAUGGAUGUUGCUUCCUAGCUAUCUAUGUUCGAUACACAGGCCAGGGCAGCACAAUAUGAAGAGCAAACUGUCCCACGUGCAGCGGGCUCCCCAUAUCGUGUGCAAAGGAAUAGCAGAGUCCGAUACAGUCUGGCACCAGCAGCAUCGCGGGAGUUGCCAGUCAGUGUUGAACUCAACGUAGGACUGCCUUAGAGACUCCAGCUCUGGAGUUUUUCUCGGGUUUUACUCAUGAAGCCUUCCCCGUCAGCAAGUAUAGUCACAAUGUAGCAGAGGUCUGAGAUCGGAGUUUUCCUUCUGCAUGAGCUGCCGACCAUGGCUGACGAGCCCCAUCUGCCUGAAGUGACUGGUUUUAUGCCAGUAACCCACCUUUGCCCCUUCCGUCAGUAGUAACAGUCCCAUCAGGCUUAGUAGCCAAGUCACACGUGAAGGCCAGGAGCUGGGCUUGAUUGUCAAAGGCUUAAUAGAUAGUGGGAGCUGAUCCGCACUACCUCCCCCAGACUAUAACAACCUUAAGGAAUCCCCCUUAACAAUUUUAAAUGCUUCUUAUAUGCAUUAAGAAGUUUGAACUGCCAGUCUGUGAGGGGUUUUGUUUGUGUGUGUAUUUGUGUGUGUGUUUGUGUGUGUGUGGAGUCCUCAUUAUUUUGAUUCUGUUUUUAUUUGCUUUUACAAUAUGAUAGUUGUGAAGUUUCUUUAUUUCUGAUAUUUAAUGCAAAUCAUGACACGUUUAUUUGUGUGCUUGCCCCCCCCCCCCGGUCCCAACUCAGCCCCUCGCACUACUGCCUCCUGUAUUGGUAGUGGUGGGAGAUCACAAGAACAGUGAACACAGGCGGGAAGGGUGCAUACACAUGCGUGUAUCUUCCUCUUACUUAGUUUUGUAUUUUAAAUGAUUUAAUUAUGAUUGUAUAAAACUGUUUAAAAUA